AUGUCAACAACUGAUAGUAUUAUAAAGAUUUAUAAAUCAAAUAGAUCAUUACUUCUAAACACUUCAUAUAUUAUACUUAUCACUGCUGCUUUUACUGGUGCAGCAAGUACGGGAGGUGGCUCAUCAUCAACAAAUAAACAAGUGGUUAAAAAGGAUGAAGACAAAAAAUCGAAAUUAACCAAAGAGUCAUUUCAAAGAUUAAAGAAUGCUAUUAUACCUAAGAUACAUGAUAAGACAGUAUUGAUAUUAUUAGCACAUUUAGUUUUGUUAGUCACUAGAGCAAUUAUCACAAUUAAAGUUGCAACUUUGGAUGGUCAAUUAGUUGGUGCUUUAGUUUCAAAAAGAUUGAAAGUAUUUAGUAAAUAUUUGUUAUAUUGGAUGUUAAUUGGUAUACCUGCAAGUAUCAACAAUGGGUUAAUAACCCUUACUAAAAGAAGUUUGGGUAAGGCCAUUCGUGAAAAUUUAAACAAUACCAUAAUGAAAGAUUAUUUACCUGAUAAUUUAAAUACUACAUAUUAUGCUUUAAUGCACUUAAGUGAAAAAAAUAAAAUUAAAGAUCCAAAUCAAAGAAUUACUACCGAUGUAAAUCGACUUGCUAAUGCAUUAUCAAGUUUACCAGGUCAAAUUUUAAAACCAACAUUAGAUUUACUUCUUUGUGCUAGACAAUUGAGUCAAAGUGGUGUUGGAAAUGGUGAAGGCACUUUAUUAUUAGGUUUAUUAGCACAUUUUUCAACUAUGAUUAUAAGAUUUUUUUCACCACCUUUUGCUAAAUUAGCUGCUGAAAGAGCUAAUCUUGAAGGACAAUUGAGAUCUGCACAUUCCAAAAUUGCCUCUAAUACUGAAGAAAUUGCUUUUUUAAGAGGUCAUUAUCGUGAAUUAGAUUAUAUUGAUUAUUGUUAUUAUACUUUGGAAAGAUUUUUAAAAGGUGAAUACUGGAAAAAAGGAAUACAUGAAAUUGCACAAACUUUUAUUGUUAAAUAUUUCUGGGGUGCUGCUGGUUUAGUAUUAUGUUCAGCUCCAAUUUUUAUUGGUAAAUAUUUAGGUGAAAAUGAUGAUAAAAAUGCAGCUGGAAAUUUUAUAACUAAUAGAAGAUUAUUAUUAAGUGCUUCUGAUUCAUUAGAUAGAUUAAUUUAUUCAAGAAGAUAUUUAUUACAAAUUGUUGGUCAUGCUACAAGAGUUUCAGAAUUUCAAGAUGCGUUAGCUAAUGUAUCUACAGGUAAAUCAUCCUCCAAUGUUAAAUUCAAUGAUAAUGAAAUUACAUUUUAUCACGUUAAAUUAUUAACACCCGCAAAUGUAACAUUAAUUGAAUCAUUAGAUUUUUCAAUUAAAAAUGGUGAUCAUUUAUUAAUUGCCGGUCCAAAUGGUUCUGGUAAAUCUUCAUUAUUUAGAAUGUUGGGUGGAUUAUGGCCUGUUAAACAAGGUACUAUAACUAUUCCAAAUACUGAAAAUAUGUUUUAUUUACCACAAAGAGCUUAUUUAGUUGAAGGUACAUUAAGAGAACAAAUUUUGUAUCCUCAUUCAAUAAAACAACAAAAGAAAUCAGAUGAAGAAUUGAAAAAUAUAUUAACAACAUUAAAAUUAGAUGAUUAUAAAGAUAUGUUGGAUGAUGCUAAGAAUUGGGAUGAUGAAUUAUCAGUUGGUGCUCAACAGAGAUUAGCAAUGGCAAGAUUAUAUUAUCAUGAACCUAAAUUUGCAGUAUUGGAUGAAUGUACUUCUGCAGUUUCUCCAGAUAUGGAACAAUUCAUGUACGAAUAUGCUCAAAAAUUGGGAAUUACAGUUUUAUCAGUUGCUCAUAGACCUGCAUUAUGGCAUUUUCAUAAAUAUUUAUUAAAAUUUGAUGGUAAAGGUAAUUAUUUCUUUGGUAAAUUAGAUGCUGAUAAACGAUUAAAGUUAGAAGAAGAAAGAAUUGUAUUGGAAAAGACUUUAAGAGAUGUACCUAAUUUGAAAGAAAGAUUAGCUGAAUUGAAGAAAGUUUCCAAAUUACAACAUGAUAAAUAUCGUCGUUAA